UUUUCAGACUUCCAGUGUAGACUAUAGGAAUUGGAGUAUAGGAUGUUUUAGUUUUUUCGACAAAAAUGUAGCGAUUAUGUAGACCAUUGACUUCCGUUGUUUGAGAAGAAAUAUUCAAAUAUAUAUAAACUCAACCAAAAAUGACUUCAUUGACAUCGGAAAGGGUGGAAUGGGUGGAGAUAAUUGAACCCAGGACUAAAGAACAUAUGUAUGCAAAUUUGACAACUGGUGAAUGUGUUUGGGAUGCGCCUGUAGGAGUGCCUGUAAAAAAGACAGACAACAAUCAGUGGUGGGAACUAUUUGACCCUAUCACAAAUCGUUUUUACUACUACAAUACAGCUUCUCAAAAAACAGUUUGGCACCGACCUCCCAAUUCUGAUAUUAUACCUUUGGCUAAAUUACAAACACUGAAACAAAAUACUGAACCUGCUGUGAAUGAUGAAAAUGAUCGUAAAUAUUCUAAAGAAUCUGUGUCAACUCAGACACCUGGACGUAAUAGAAUGACAGUACCCCUUUUAUCAAGUAAUCAAACAUUGGGUAAUGUUGAGAAUGUCAGAACUUUUAAGUUAAUGGAUCCAGUUGCAUCAACUAAACGCUCUGUGGAUUCUGAAACUCAAACUUCUCCUCUUACACCUCGCAGAUCUCACCAUCAUCAUCAUCACCAUCAUCAUAAUAAACACCAACAACAAGCUAAUACACCUAGUAGAGGACGACGUGGAAAUCAGCCUAAUGUUUGGUACAAUCGUACUGCUUAUUCACAGGAUUCUGGUCGUUCAAGUGAUUCAAGUUGUGUUUCUAUUCAAUCAUCUAGUGGCAAAGAUGCUAAUCCUGGUUUGUCAAUGUCUGCCAGUACACCAUUAUUUAGAAAAAAACUUUCUCAACCAUCUACACCACAAAAUAAUCUUCCUAUUCAACGAAGUUCUUCCAAUGCUUCUCAAUACCAAUUACUAUUAGGCAAACAAAAAAGCUUCGAUACUGAUAUAAGUAUUGGAGGUGGCUAUAGUCUUGGUCAUGAUAAUCGUAACAACAGUUGUUCUCGUCCUCGUCCACCUGUGGUUUUGUCUUCCAGUUUAUCUAAUAGCCAGAUUUGUAGGAGCCAAAGUUUUGCGCAAAAGUCAAUCGCUACCAAAACUUCAAUUGAAGCAGAAGAAGAAGAUUCAAUGCAUGAAAAAUAUCUUGCUCCAAGUGGAUUACUAGGAAUGCCUCCGCGGCAUGGAAAAAAAUCAGUAGAAUCCACUCCUUUGAGUUCACGUAAAUGGCAUUCUCACUCUGAUACUGGAUCACCUACAGCAUCUAAAUCACGGCCACCAUUAACUCCUGAAUAUGCUAACUUUGCUCCUCCUCCUCCUCCACCAGCUGCUCCUAGUCAGUCCAGUUCAAAAUCAUCUUUAACACAAUCAGUAAAACAUACAAAAUGUUCAAAAGAUGUCGGACUUACAAGUAGUGAUGAUGAUUUUGAAGAAAAUGAUAAUUCUAGUUCUAGUGUAUCAAGUAGUCCUCCAACGGCUAAUAAAAUUGACCAAAGGUUAAGAUCUGACAACAAAGCUUUGGAUAACCAUUUAAAAGCAAGACCAGUAUCAAAUCACUCAAGUUCGUCUAGUCAACGUGGUGGAGCUGUUCGAAAAAGUGUUAGUCCAGCCACAUCAGAUCAAAAACAAAUCCCUUUAUAUAGUAAUUUAGAUGUGUUUGAAGGAAGAAUUUUGCCACUUCAUCAAUACAUUUUAGAACAAGCGAAAUUAUCAGGAUCAUCAUAUAGGUUUGGAGAUACAGUUGGGACUUUUUCUGAAGAUGAUGAUGCUGAAAUUGAAGAUUUAAUUAAUGUUAUGGGCACGGCUACUGGAUAUGAUAGUGAUGAGUUUGCUGACGAUGAAGGAGCAAUUAGUCAGGGUGAACAAUCAAGUUCACCAUCUCCAUCAAAUGCAUCUUCUAGACAUUAUUUAAGAGAUGAAUUAGAUUAUGAUCAUUUGACAGCAAUGAGAACAUCACAACCUCGGACUUAUGUCAAUGAUACUCGAGUUAGUGAUUAUGCGGUUGAAUCAAGUAGUAAUCAACAUUAUUAUAAUACAGUUACAAAUACUUUAUCAUCUCAAAGAUCAGCAAAUCUAGUCGCCCCAUCAAUGUCUGAUCCAUUUAGCAAUUCAGCUCCAACUCUUCCUUUAGAAACUCAACACACAUCCUUAAGAAGAAGAAAAGAUCAACAUGUUCAACCUUCAGCUGCUUUAUAUUCUCCAAUUAUGGAAAGAAAUGAGUUUAUGCUGGCUCGUUAUGCAAACUCCAAUCGAGGUGUAUUCCACCCAUCAUUAUCUCAAGAUGCUCGUUCCUGUUCACCUGCCUAUUACUAUGAACAGACUUCCAGAACUUUAUUAAAUCGUGAUAAAAAAACUACUUCUGAAAGUGACAUCGAAAAAUAUGCCCAGGAUAACUUAAAUAUACAUAAAAAGGGGAUUUUCAGAAAAAAAUUUUCAGUGAGAGACAUGCUUUCGUGGUCUAAGGAUCCAAUUCGUAAACCUAUGUUAGUUCUGUCUGACAAAGCAUUGAAAAAAGAAGCUUGCGAUUUAUUUAAAUUGGUGCAAACUUAUAUGAGUGAUCGCAAAGCAAAAUUAGGAAUGACAUUAAAUAGUGUGGCUUUAGAAAUAUGUAUGACUGGUUUUAUGAAACCAACUCUUCGAGAUGAAUUAUACAUACAAAUAUGUAGACAAACAACUGAAAAUCCUAGAAAAGAAAGCUUACGACGUGGAUGGGAACUUUUGGCAAUUUGUUUAUCUUUUUUCCCACCUUCUCCUAAAUUACAAAAAUACUUAGAAAGUUAUAUGGAAAGACAUAGAGAUCCAGGUCUAGACAGUUAUGCAACAGAAGUUGGUCGGUGGCCUGUCCAUGUCCAAGUAAGCCAUUAUGCUAGUGUAGCCACUAAAAGAUUACACAGAAUGGGUAUAGACGGUAAAAAAGCAGUUCGAAGACCAACACUUGAAGAUAUUGAACAAGCUAGGAUGCAAAUAUUCAGGCCUAGUCUUUUUGGUAAUACAAUCAAUGAAGUUAUUGAUCUUCAAAAAGAACGUUUUCCUAACUAUAAAUUACCUUGGAUACAAACCAUAUUAUCUGAAUUAGUACUAAGGCAUAGAGGUGAUCAAACAGAAGGAAUAUUUAGAGUACCAGCUGACAUGGAUGAAGUUAUGACCCUUAAAAGUCGUUUAGAUGUAUGGGAAGUCCCUGGAUCUGAUGAGUUGACUGAUGCCCAUACCCCAGCAUCUUUAUUAAAACUUUGGUAUCGUGAAUUAUACGAGCCUCUUGUUCCUGAUCAUAUGUAUGCUGAAUGUAUUGCUGCCCAUCAAGAUGCUCGCCGCGCCAUUGCUAUUAUUCAUCGAUUGCCACCUAUAAAUAAAGCUGUUUUGGCAUACCUUAUUCACUUCCUACAAUUAUUUACCAAACCUGAAGUUGUUCAAGUUACCAAAAUGGAUGCAAGUAACCUAGCUAUGGUUAUGGCUCCUAAUUGUUUACGUUGUACUUCAAUUGAUCCUCGUGUUAUAUUUGACAAUGCUCGUAAAGAGAUGGCUUUUAUGCGUUUGUUAAUAUUACAUUUUGAUGCAUCCUUUAUGGAAGGAGUUUAUUAAAUAGAUCUGUUAUGUUCAAUAACUAAUYAAUGAAACUGUUUUAGUUUCAAAACUACACAAACCAAAGGUUAUUAUUAUGGAAGCUUAAUUGCACACUAAUUUAAUUAUUUUUAAGCUAAUAUUAACUAUAAUAUAUACAUAUGAUAAAUUAAAUAUGAUGACAAAAUGUUUGACAUUGAUUUUUGGUAGUUUAGAUAAGUGUUACCAUGUAAAUGACUCGCAAAAUUUUACUUAAAAUAUAUUCUAAUUACUUAAAUACUACUUUAAUGAUAUACCCUCCCACUGCCUUUAAUAUGAUGUAUAAUUUUUUAAUAGCUUA